AUGCAACAGCAAUCGCCGUCAACGGAGCAAGAAACCCAGAUUGUAGACUGGAUCUCGAAGGAGAUAUUCUCCGGGACCAUAGUACGGAAGGAUCUGAUCUAUUGGUAUAUCCAGAAAGUUCUCAGACGCGACAACGGUGUGCAGGCAACGGUAGACCCAGGGGUUGUUGAUGACCUCCUGAGCCGCCAUCCUGACCUUGUGAAGCGCUUAGUUAUACCGCCACUACCCAGUCACAUAAACCGUACGCCUGUACGUUUGAAUCGACUAGAGCAAAGAAACGAGCAGUGUCGCCGGGAAGCAAUGUUUGGAAACUCGCCUCCACCUCCGCGACAGCCGGCUCCUUAUCCUGAUGGCGACAUCAUCUAUCAAUGUACUAGUCGCUAUGUGGUUCGUCACGAUAACAAAGUCACGAAAUAUACCACACAUCCUGAUGGUAUGGGCGCAACCGACCACCCAAAUGAGGCGACGGUACUGCGCUUCAUUAGGGCUAAUACGACCAUCCCAGUGCCUGAAGUAUUCAGCAGCGACUGGGACCGCAUAACCAUGGAAUAUGUUGAUGGGCAGACAUUAAAACAGGCGUGGUCGGUUCUUACGCCAGACCAGCGUUCGGAUAUCCUGGACCAGCUUCGUGGCUACAUUGCACAGCUGCGUGCCUUGAAAGGAACAAAAAUCGGCCGCCUAGACGGGCAGGGCGCUGUAGUCCCAGGCAUCUUCAAGCGUUCGGGUGGACCUUUUGCCACUCUCGUGGAAUUCCAAGAGUGGCUGGUAAAACCGCACAAAGGACUGCGCUCUCAGUCGAUGUACUGGCAUCAGAUUACCACCCAUCUAAGUGCUGAAUGUCCCAUCGUGUUCACGCAUGGUGACAUCGCCGCACGAAACAUCAUCGUCCGCGAUGGCAAGAUCGUUGCUCUAUUGGAUUGGGAAUUCUCAGGAUGGUACCCGGAGUAUGGGGAAUAUGUCUUUGCACUUCGCGGAUUGGACAAUAUAGACUGGGAGAACCUUGGCCUUCAGGUUCCGUCUCUUUUCGCUAAACGCUAUGAUCUUGAGUAUAUUCUCACACAUUUUAUUCUCUCGAUCUCCUGA